AUGUCAGACCGAGGCAAGCCGGGAGGGAAAGCGAGGGCCAAGGCAAAGUCUCGCUCCUUGCGGGCUGGGCUGCAGUUCCCGGUGGGUCGAGUGCACCGGCUGCUCCACAAAGGUAAUUAUGCUGAGCUGGUGGGGGCUGGAGCUCUGAUCUAUAUGGCCGCAGUGCUGGAGUAUCUGACCGCUGAGAUUCUCGAGUUAGCCGGCAACGCUGCUCGGGACAACAAGAAAACCAGGUUCAUCCCUCGUCACCUGACAGUCGCUCAGGGGGGUGUCCUGUCCAGCAUCCAGGCUGUGCUGCUGCCCAAGAAAAUGGAGAGCCACAAGACCAAGACCAAGAGCAAGUGA